AUGAGCAUGGAGAAGAAGACCACGGGCGCCUAUCAAUGGGACGCCGCGGCGCCUAUCUUCUCGAAGCCCGACGUCAAAGUCCACUCACAGUCAAAGUGGUCGCACCUUCUGCGCCUCUCCUUAGCGGCCUGCAUCAUCGGCACCGCCUACUACGCCUACACCGCCUCUCCCCUCUCCUGCCACGAUGGACCUCAGAAGCUCGAUCUGCCGGCCGCAUCGAGCGCCUCGGAGCCGCUGUGUCCGCAGAGCGCGCUGCUGUAUCCGCAUGUGCACAAGGCGUACGCCGAGGCGCUCGAUAGCGCGUUGAAGGACGACGAGACGAAGUCGUGGGUGCUGGGCAAUCUCAUCGGUGCUGUGCAGGUCCCGACGGAGGGCUUCGACGACAUGCGCCCGCCCGGCUCGGACGACCGCUGGCUCACAUUCGGCGCCUUCCACGCCUACCUCGCCCAGCGCUUCCCCCUCGUGCACUCGAAGCUGCAGGUGACGAAAGUAAACACCUACGCGCUGACGUACCACUGGCAGGGCUCGAACGCGGGCCUGAAGCCUAUCUUGCUCAUGGGCCACAUGGAUACUGUGCCCGUGCUGCCGGAUACGGUCAAAGACUGGCUGCACCCGCCCUUCUCGGGCGACUUUGACGGCGAGUGGAUCUGGGGCCGCGGGAGCUGCGACGACAAGUCGGGGACCAUCGGUACACUGACGGCGAUCGAGAUGCUGCUCCAAAAGGGCUUCCAGCCCGCUCGCACGGUCGUGCUGGCGUACGGCACAGACGAGGAGAGCGGCGGCACAUACGGCGCGGGCGCAAUCGCAGAGUACAUGCUCGAGCGCUACGGCACCGACGCGUUCGCCUUCCUCGUCGACGAAGGCGGCCGCAACGAGGCGCGCGGCGACCUCAUCAUCGCGAGCCCGAGCACGGCCGAGAAGGGGCUCAUAGACGUGCAGAUCGAGGUGCUGACGACGGGCGGGCACUCGAGCGUCCCGCCGCCGCACACCGGCAUCGGCUACCUCUCGCGCCUCAUCACCGCCCUCGAAUCGCACCCCUUCCCCCUCUCCCUCACGCGCUCCGGCACAUUCUUCGCGCGCCUCUCCUGCGCCGCCGCGCACGACCCCACGCUCGACGCCGAGCGGCGCGAGCUGAUCAAGCUCGCCGCCUCCGACGACCUCGCGCUCGGUAUUCUGCACGAGAAGAUGCUAGCGGAGGACCCAAGAGGGUACGCGGCGAUGACGGGCACGUCGAGCGCGGUGGAUCUGGUGGGCGGCGGGGUGAAGGUUAAUGCGCUGCCUGAGCGGGUCUGGGCUGUUGUUGAUCAUCGGAUCGCGGACUGGAGCUCCGUACAAGCCGUCAAACAACACUACCUCGCCCUCCUCCCGCCCCUCGCCCGCACGCUCAACCUCUCCCUCACCGCCUUCAACACCACCAUAAUCCCCCCGACCAACGCUUCGGCCGGCCACGUGAACAUCGCGCCCAUAUACAGCGCCCCGCUCGAGCCCGCGCCCGUGACGCCCACGUUCGGGAACGCGCCGUGGGCGCUGCUGGCUGGGACGAUAAGGGGGACGCUGGGGAGCGCGCUGAGGGGCGAUUAUGGGGGCGGGCGGGAGAGCGUUGUCACUCCGGUACGUUCUCUCGACUUGGGGCAUGCCGACGGGGAACACGGACACAAAGUCGUACUGGGCGCUCACGCGGCAUAUCUUCCGGUACAACCACAUCGAGGCGCGCGAUCUGUACAACGGGGCGCACACGAUCAACGAGCGAUACGCGCGGAGGCGUUCGUCGAGAUGGUCAGGUUCUACGCGACGCUCGUGCUCAAUGCGGACGAGACGACCACGCUCUGA